GCCUUGUGCUUCUCAGCACCAGCUUGGGGACAGGCAGGGUUUGUAGCUAAAGCGGUCAGUCUUGUCUACCCCGGGCACCUGCAACGUGGCAGGAUGGAGCGCUGAGUCCUCUUGUCUGGCUGCCUUGUUCUGCCAAGGCUUUUGAACGAUGCUGGAGAGCCCCUUGAUUGGGGUGGCAGAGGGAAGCGCCCACAGCCUUGGGUAGGAAUUCUGGAGGUGGCUGCGGUCGCCUGGCAGCACGGUGAUGUCGGGCGCUGCCAUCGUCUGUGUGCUUGGGUGCCCCAGGCUGGAAGUGGUUUGGUCCUUGCGGGACCUUCCCAGAAACUGCAUCUCAGUUUCUUUGAAUCAGAGGCAGAGACAAAAGCUGCGUGAUCUCGUUCCAGUGGAAUUCUGGUGGGGGUUAAUGAGUUCGUAGCUGUUCAGAGGUGCAAACGAAGAGCUGGUUGUUCGCAGCGCAUCGGGGCCUGAAUCUCCUUCUGGGAAACAUCUCUCCGUGCCUACUAAAGUUUUUCUCCUACUAAAUAGAUGAACGUCUUUCCAGCAAGGGCUUCCAUGUGGAAGAUUUAAACUAAAUAAGAAGCGACUCCAAGCUUGGAAUCAUGCUGCCAGGGAGAAUGUUUACAAGGAAGCAGCCUGAUAAACAAGAAAACUCGGUGAGUUGCAAAGAGGUGAAAUUCUACAGUGUGGCAACAAUUCCUGGCUUGUCAAGAGCCUCUCAGUGGUCCCAGCCCCCUCGGGCUGCCGACAGGAUCUUCAUUUUUACAAGGAAGGCUCAGGAAGCAAGGUUGGACUGAAAAAGCAACAGAAUUACGUGAAACGUGUCUGAGUCACUGACCCUGCAUCUCCAGUAGUUCUUUCAGGGCACUGCUGGUGGAAGGAGACGGAGAAGGCUGCAGCUGAGAGAGGAGAUCUGCCCUUUCUGGUCACCACGAAGUUCAGAUCUCCUCCCCUCGCCUCUCCCAGUCUUUUGUACUUGCCGUGCUAAUCCAUCGAGUGCAGCACAAACUGAGAGAGAGAGCAGCUAGAAACCCUACUCAGAAAGCUGCUGUGAAUGCCUCAGGAGCAGCAGCAGCAUGAACGUGAAAACGGUGCUCAUCCUCCUCGUUCUGGCUUUAGCCACGAUAUUCGCUUUAGUCUGUGUGUUGCUGACCAGAGGAAGAGCCCCCAGCACCUGCCAGCACCGGCCCCCGCCGCAGGAUGACACCGAUGACGACCGGAGCCUGGUCUUUGCCAAUCUGACACCGGAGGAGAUGGUGCAAGUGGUGCAGUACCUGCAGAGAAACCUUGGGGUGCAACUGGUGGAUGCCUCGCGUGCCAAGCCCUCCGACAACUGCAUCGCCUCCGUCGACGUGCAGAUCCCCGCCAAGGCAGAGGUGCUGCGGUUCCUGGAUGGUGGGGGGACUCGCCCGCCCCGGGAGGCGUUGGCUGUGCUGUACUUUGGGAACCAGGCAGACCCCAACAUCACCGAGUAUGUGGUGGGUCCGCUGCCAUCGCCAGUGUACCACCGUGACGUCACGGUGCAGAAGUACAGGGGGAAGGUGCCGUACCACCGCAGACCACCUCUAGCUGUUGAAUACAAACAGAUUGCAGGGUUCUUAAAAAGCCAAGUGUUCCCCACAGCUCCAUCUUUUAUGCAGCAAGUGCUGGAGUACGAUGGAGCCAGUCUAGCACCCAUGACCGCUGCUCCCCGUGGACUCCAGUCUGGAGAUCGGAUCACCUGGUACGCUCUAUUUCAGAAUGUGAGUGGGUUCUUUUUGCACCCGGUGGGGCUGGAGGUGCUGGUGGACCAUAGCAGCCUGGACAUCUCCCGGUGGGCGGUGAGCAGGGUCUUCUACAACGGGCAGUACUACAGGGACAUGGUUCAGCUGGAAAGCGCCUACGUAGAGGGACGCGUCAGCGUGGAGAAGGUGAGGAAAACACCGCAGGAUGGGGACUUCUCGUCCAUGAAGCCCCGGGCGUCUCCGGCUGCGCUGUUCCCUUUGCAAUACGAGCCCCACGGUCCCCGCUACAGCAUCAGGAAUAACCACAUUGUCUUCCAGGCUUGGAGCUUUGCCUUUGGGAUGAGUGUGAACACGGGCCUGCGCCUGUUUGACAUCCGACACAAGGGGGAGAGGGUUGCCUAUGAGAUCAGCAUCCAAGAGGCAUUGUCAGUGUAUGGCUCCAACAGCCCUGGUGGGAUGUCCACGAGGUACAUGGAUGGGAGCUUUGGCAUUGGGCGCUACACCUCCCCCUUGGUGCGAGGGGUCGACUGCCCCUAUUUAGCAACCUACCUGGAUGUGCAUUACCUUGCUCAUUCCCAGGUCCCUCGAAUUAGUAAAAAUGCCCUCUGCAUCUUUGAGCAGAACUUGGGCUCCCCUCUGAGGCGCCACUACUCCAACUUGCAGUCGCUCUACUAUGGGGGGCUGGUCAACUCUGCUCUGGUCGUUCGGUCCAUUGCAACCGUGGGCAACUACGACUAUGUGUGGGACUUCAUCUUCUACCAGAACGGGGCCAUCGAAGGCAAGGUCCAGGCCACGGGGUACGCGAGCUCAUCCUUUCUCCACGGGGAUGGCCUGAGAUACGGCAACAGGGUUUGGGAGCACACGCUGGGUACGAUACACACCCAUUCUAUCAACUAUAAAGUGGACUUGGACGUGGGAGGGUUGAAAAACUCCUUGGUGGCCCAUGACAUGGCAUUUGAGAUGACGCGGGCUCCCUGGAGCCCAGAGCAGCAGAUAGAGCGGCCACGACUCACCAAGAAAGUCCUGGACACAGAGGACCAGGCAGCCUUCCGACUCCAAUCGAAGAUGCCCAGAUACAUCUACUUCGCGGCCAACAGUAAAAACAAGUGGGGCCACCAGCGUGGUUACAGGAUCCAGAUCACCAGUUUUGCCGGGGACCACAUUCCCGAAGCCAGCUCCAUGGAGAGGGCCAUCAGCUGGGCAAGGUACCAACUGGCUGUCACCCGGCGCAAGGAAGAGGAGCCCACCAGCACCAGCAUCUACAACCAGAACGACCCCUGGACACCCACUGUUGCCUUCGCUGACUUCAUCAACAAUGAGACCAUCGCCAACGAGGACCUGGUGGCCUGGAUAACUACGGGUUUCCUUCACAUCCCACACUCUGAGGAUAUUCCCAACACUGUGACGGUGGGAAACUCGGUGGGCUUUCUCCUGAGACCCUACAACUUCUAUGACCUGGACCCUUCCAUAUACUCACACGACGGCGUGUUUUUCACCAGUGAGCAGGACUUCACGAGGUGUGACAUCAACCCCAUCGCGUGCCUGCCCCAAACCGCCUCGUGUUUACCGAACUUUCCCCCUUUCACCUAUGAUGGUUUCCAAAAUAUGAGCAGGCUUUAACCUCCAGGACAGUUCUAAGAGACGCAGUCAGAGGUCCUGACUUGACUCUUGUGUCUCAGGUUUUCAGCGUUUUAGUGAAAUUGUCUCCAUUUCCAGUUGUGCAAUGACUUAAUUUUUAAUUGUUGCUUUUAAAAUAGUGCUCUUUAAAAGGGAGGCAUAGCCUUCCUGGCAUGAUGCCGGAUGGAAGCCGAUGUUAUCUCUGUUAAUUGCUGGAUUUGAGUCUGUUGCAGGAGGAAAGCGAGAAGAAACUCCUGUUCCUCCUCUGUAGAAACAAGUGCUGUGUAGUGCCUAUCUCAGGUUAAAAUGAGGUUAAAAUGAAAAUGAUA